AAUGUUUUAAUAAUAAUUAUUUAUAAAUAAAUAAAAAGCACAGAAGCAGAGCGUACAACUUACAAGUGAACAAAAAAGCAUCAUAAUAAUAACAUUUAUAAUAAAAAGUGCAAACAUAUUCACCGCAAAACGCAGCUAAAAUACAUAAUAUAGGUACAAGAGCAUUACUCAUAAGCCAACGGGUCCUCGCGCCACCCCUAAAAGAGCGCACUUGAGGCUGCUGUGUGUGUGUGUGCGAGCGUGUGCUCGCGCCGAGUGCACAACCGCCGUCUGUUAAUGUUAAGUCAUAAAUUAUGUAUUUAAUUAAUUAAUAGCGCAAAAUAGUAGCAACAACGUACAUACAUACAUACAACAAACAGAUAUAAUAUAUAAGUUUAAUAACUGCGUGCGCCUCGAGUACCAUAAAGUGUGUGUAUUUUGCGUGUAGUCUGCUUAUAAUUUUUGCUCUUUACCUACGCAAAGGCGACUUCAGCGUAGGCAUCUUAAAGUGCUAUUAUUAGCCAUAUACAUACUUGCUUUUGUAAUUGCACUACUGACUGUCCUGAGUUUUAUUCUUAAUUAACACAUUUUUAUGCGUUGUAGACUUUGGAAUCAGGAACCUUUGUAGUGCCUAUUGUAUGGAAGUAAAACUUGAAAAUUUGAAAAUUAUUUAAAAUAAAAUUCACUGAAGUAGAGAAGUAAAAAGGUAAACUGAAGCUGCAAAUCUUCAUAUUCAAAAGGGUUUCAAGCACUAGAAUCAGCGAGAUUUAAAUGCAACAAGGAGUGGAGAAAUCUAAGAAAAAGCAAUUCAUUUCACAUUUAAAAGCGGAAACGGAAACUCAAUCAAUGCGUUACAAAAGUAAGCGCGCAGAAGAGCUUAAAAUAACGAACCUGAAAUAGAAGAAAAGUGCAGCAAAGCAAAUUGAAUAAAAAUAUAAGCGAAAAUUAUUUGUUACAUAUAGAUACAAUUAAAAAAUUAAAUAAGAUAAAAAAUUAAAUAUAAAAAAAUAUUAAAUGAAUGAAGCAUAAAAGAGAAAACACAACAAAUCAAAAUAAAGUAAAAGAAAAUCUUGAAAAUUAUUUUAAGCGAAAUAGAGCAAAGCAGCUGAAAGCAAAUUAUUUGAAGAAACUGCAAUAGAAUCAAGUGAUAAAAUAUAUAUAUACUACACACAUGCAUAUAUAUUUGAAGCAACAAAAUCAGUAUUGCCAAAAAAAGUUUGGAAAUCAUUUAAGUUCUGCUGUUGUUUUUAAGCUCUAAGGAGCCGUACUUACUUGACUGAGUAGAGGAAUAUUUGGAAAAAGAAAUACAGUAAAAAGUUUCGGUAAAAACAAAAGCGUAACGGAAGUGAAAUCGGUGCAAGAAAAAUCGCAAGCCAUUAAAGUAAAGAUCAAAAAAAGGAAAAAUACACAAAAAUAAUUGAUACAGCGAAAAAGUAUUGUUGAGAGUAGGAAAGCAAAAAAAUUAAAAAAAAAAAUCUCACCUUACGAUAGCUGCAACAGGAAUUAAACAAUAAAAUAAAAUAAAUUUCUACACUGCACAACAACAAAAGCGUAAUUUGUAACGUAUUUCCGGCAUUGUAAGUAAAACAAGCAAAAGUGCAAGAGGCUAAGGAAUCCAAGGCAAAACUUCAAGGGAGAGCGAAAAAUGAUGAGACAGAGAGAAAGAGAGACACGCGCGGUAGGAGGCGAGUAAAAUAAGUGUAGCGAAAACUUUAAGCGCAAACUAGAACAAUGGCAUAAGUAGCAAUAAAUAAGUGCAAGGAAGGGUACAAAACUAAAAGAAAAAUAAUAAAAAGGAUUAAAAAUAAAAUAAAAUAAUAUUAUAAAAGAAAAAAAAAAAAAGAAAUUAAAGAAAAAUAAAGUAAAUAUAAGAGUAAAAUAAAAUAAAAAUAAAUAAGUGUAGCAAAGUAUUAUAAACAAAAAUUUAGUUGCUGAUAAGCGAUAAAAAAGAAGAAGAAAUUAAAUAAAUUCGCUGAAAAACUUCAAACGAGUGCACGAUAAAUGCCAAAGAAGAGUUUUUGCAUUUUUAAGAAAGAAUAAUUUGAGCAAGUUUCUUUAUACCAAACAAUUCUUCACAGUCACUUAAACGCUAGCAGUGCAGUCUUAUGCAAUCUUAAACUGCUUUCAUCCCAACUGAUUUUUUUUGUUAUUUCCUGUGCUGUUUUCUAUUAAAAAAAAAUUGAAAUAAAACGAAUUAAGCGAUACAAUAAGAAAGCUGCAUUAAGCAGAAAUUAAAAGAAAAUCUGGAAGAAAAAAAUUGUGCAUUUAUUUUUACAUCUUUCACUGUUUUUUUUUGUGUUUGCGUUUAGAAAAAUCUUGCAGGAGAAAAGAAUAAAAUAAAAAAAUGGAAUAAAAAAAUAUAAAUAAAUCGGUUCUUGUGUAAAGUGCAGCAUUUAAACGUGAAGUGAUUGAACGAAACAAAAAAACUAAUAAAAAUAAAUAAUAAAAAACAAAAAAAUAUAAAAUAGACAACAAAUUCUAAGAGGACUGUCUUCGUUGGCGUUUUGCUGCGUUCGUUGUUCGCCAAAUGCGUGUUGUUUGGCAAGUGCGUGCUUCGAUAGGCGAGAGAAACGUAAUCGUGUGACUACGCAAGUGUUUUUAUAUAACGGUGCUGUUUGUUGUUGUUACUGUAGUCAGCAUAGUUUUUUCGCCUGUGCACAUUAGUGAAGAAAAGGAUAAGCGCGCGCUUGAAGUGACCGUUGCGCUGCGUGACAGCUGUGCAUGAGUUGAAAUUGAGCUGAAAAUUUUUUUUGCAUUAAUUUUUAUAUGCGAAAUAGUGUAAUUAAAAAAAGUUUGUCUACUUUAUACUUAUAAUAGUUUUAGGGUGUAACACACACGGGUAUUUAAAUACGGUUUCGGUAACGCGUUUAAUAACAUAACGGUGAUUCGCGCUAAAAUUCGGUUAAACUAUACCAAAAAUUCUAAUAAUAAAUCGUGGAAUUUGUGUAAUUUUUGAGAAUUUAUUGAAUAAAAUCAACAGACGACCAAAUGUUGGCCUUUCAUAACGAGCACAUAGCAAGUUGUGCCUUCUUAACUUACUUUAGCCCGGAGAGCACAACGACGGCUGCUAAUUCACCUACAACGCCACAAGCAGCUGUGCUCAAUGAUAAAACGGCUUUAACUGGGAUGAACCGUGCUUUACAGCUCAAGCCAGCUGAAAGUGAAAGUCGAAGCGAGCAUUUAGAUCGCAAACUAUUCGUUGGUAUGCUAAGCAAACAACAAACCGAAGAGGAUGUUAGACAAAUAUUCAGCCCUUUUGGCAGCAUAGAAGAGUGCACCAUAUUGCGUGGUCCUGAAGGCGCUAGCAAAGGUUGUGCUUUCGUCAAAUUUAGUUCGCAACAAGAGGCUCAAUCAGCCAUAACCAAUUUACACGGAAGUCAAACUAUGCCGGGAGCUUCCUCCAGUCUUGUUGUGAAAUUUGCCGAUACUGAGAAGGAACGACAGAUACGACGUAUGCAACAAAUGGCGGGUCAUAUGAAUUUACUUAAUCCCUUUGUCUUUAAUCAAUUUGGACCAUAUGGAGCUUAUGCGCAGCAACAGCAAGCCGCUUUAAUGGCCGCCGCUGCCACUGCACCCGGCUCAUAUAUGAAUCCGAUGGCCGCGUUGGCAACGCAAAUACCUCAUGGCUUAAAUGGCACCGGUCAGCCAUCGUUACCCUCACCGACCAUGCCCAAUUUCAAUAUGGGCGCUCAAACGCCAAAUGGACAACCCGCUGCUGCAGCGGCCGCAGCAGCUGCCGCCGCCGCUGAUGGUGUCUUCACGAAUGGCAUACCGCAGACGGCAUUCCCAGGACAUCCACUCCAUUUAACGAUUCCACCACAAGGUCUGCCAAAUGGUGAUGCUGCUGCCUUACAGCAUGCCUUUACUGGAAUGCCACCAUUUCCAGGAGUUGCCUUUCCCGCCGUUUAUGGACAAUUUCCACAAGCUUUACCACCACCACUAGCGGCGGUUGCACCCACUCAACGUGAAGAUUUUCUGAUGUUCCCAGGAUGUUCGAUUUCCGGACCGGAGGGUUGUAAUCUAUUCAUAUACCAUUUGCCGCAAGAGUUCGGCGAUGCGGAAUUGAUGCAGAUGUUCCUGCCGUUCGGUAAUGUGAUCAGUUCAAAGGUCUUCAUUGAUCGGGCUACAAAUCAGAGUAAAUGUUUUGGUUUUGUUUCAUUCGAUAAUCCUGCCAGCGCUCAAGCGGCCAUUCAGGCAAUGAAUGGCUUCCAGAUUGGCAUGAAAAGACUGAAAGUUCAACUGAAGCGGCCAAAGGAUGCCAGCCGACCCUAUUAACAAUCGGAGUUCCUUAAAGCGUUACACAACAUUAACAAUUACAAACGAUUACUUCUUGCGAAAAUAAUGAUGAAACAGUAAAACAAAAAAUCAAGGGCAACAAAAAAAACAUAAAAAUAUAUAUUUAAAAAAUAUAUAACCAAAAAAAUCUCUAUAUAAAAUAGAACAAAAUUGAAAAAAAAAUUAAAACAAAGCUGUAUUCAAACAAAUGUGCAGCAAGCAAAGGUUUAUGCAUGCAGAAAACUGUCAGCAGCAGAAACACCCAGCAGCAAGCGAACGAAGAAACGGAGCAGCAGCAGCAGCAGUAGUAGUGUAGUCAACAGAUUCCAAUUAAAAUAAAUUAAAUAAUAUCUACAAAUUAUUAUACCGUACCAUAAAUCCACUGAAUAUAACAUAUGUGCAAGUUUACAAUAAAUAAAUAUCCUAGUGAAAUCCUGCAGCAGCAAUGGACAACAAACAAAUUUAUUGAGUCUUACACUUUCUUAGGUCAGCUAACCGACUACGUAGAAACAAAAGCCGAACAACUACGGAGCAGUUGAAGAAAUAAAAUGUCUUACCCGAUGAUGUAAAUCCAGCUUCCUAUCAACUAACCAGGCAAACCGAUCCGAAACAGAACAUUAGCUUUUACCAAAGCAAAGCUCCUGUAAUCAAUUGAUUUCAAUACAACCACAUACAUACACACAAGCAAAUUAGUGUAAAGUGGAAUUUAUUUAUUUAUGUUUU